GUGCGAACUGCGAAAGCCUCUUCCUCUUUUUUUUCACUUUAAAAAUCAAAUAAAUGUCUGCUACUAUAGUUUGUUCCAAUGUCGAGAAACCUGUUUUUGUAGAGACAAAUUUGGGCACCCGCUUUGUUGCUGUUGCUCCUCCGGAUAUCACGGCCAAGGACUUCAAGAGAGAACUAGAAAGGACACAUAUGAAUUGUUUCCCGGAUUUUGGAAGAAUUAGAGUUAAUGCACUAAUGGUGCAGCUAAAAUCACACCUUUACCAUCUAGCCGAGUCCUUCCCUCUCAAAUAUGCUUUUCACGACUCAAAGGGCACUUGGUUUCUCCAAAUGGGUGUGCAUCCAUUUAAUUUCAAGAACACUAAAGUUCGUCAAAAUACGAACUCUGCUGCUAAUAUUGACACUGGUUCAGUUAUUCUGAGGCGAAAACCCCUAACGUAUAAAGAUAACAAAAAGAGAAUUGAAAAGAAAAGAAAGGAGGUUGAUAUAUGGAGAUUUCCAUUCCUUAGAUCUUCAUUCCUGAUAUUUUUCUUAAUCAUCCGUACACUAAAAAGAAAAAAGAAAAAGAAAAUCAGAAAGCACAAAAUUGAGAACAGGAUUCAAAAGGACACGAUUCUUGAGGCCUGUAAUGAAAAGGUCUCAGAAUCAGCUUCGAUUUCAGGAAUUAUCGAGAAAUAUUUUUCGGAUAAUGAUGAAGUGGCCUCCACUCCUUUCAGCAGGUACUUCAACAGCAGCACAAACUACAGAAACUCGAACUUUCAGCCUGACAUAAAUAUAUCACAAAUGACGGGCCAUAUAAAUAAGCCCGGUUAUGAAUCAUCCAAAAAGCCCGAGGUUGGUAAACGUAUUCUGCAGGCUUCACGUAGUCUCGGGCUUAGCCCUAGUAAUCAACGGCCAGCACUUUCUCUCUGCAGGGACACUGACAGAAAAUCGCAACCACUUUGUAAAUUGUCGGCUGUAGUACAGAAUCUUGCAUUUGAAUUGAAUGAGAAAUGACUGAAGAUUUUUCAGUUAUGGCCCUGCAUGUGGAGGGACAGGUAAUAAAAUAGUAGGUCUGGUAAAAUAAUCUGGGCCACAUUUUGUGGCCUGCUUGGCCGUGGGAGCAAAUUUUGAAGCGAGCUAUUCCAUUUGAUUUUAUUAU